AUGGAAGCGGAAAAGAAUCGGACAUUGCUUACUGAUUUUGUCUUGGCUGGGUUUACAACGGACCCAUUUCUACGCAUAAUCUUCUUUAUACUGUUCUUGGCUGCCUAUUUCAUAACACUGACUGGGAACCUGGGUCUCAUAGCCCUGAUCUAUCUAGACUCCCGCUUGCACACUCCCAUGUACUUUUUUGUGGGCAACCUUUCCUUCCUAGAUAUCUGGUACUCUUCGGUCUACACUCCUCGAAUCUUAUUUGACUGUGUGUCCAAGAACAACCACAUUUCCCUAGCUGGUUGUGCAGCCCAGUUCUUCUUCUCUGCUGGCUUGGCGUACACUGAAUGCUUCCUAUUGGCCUUCAUGGCCUAUGAUCGCUUUGUAGCCAUCUGCAACCCACUCCUUUAUGCCCCUGCCAUGUCCAGGGAUUUUUGUACCCGGCUUGUGGUAGGUGCUUACGUAGCUGGGUUUGCCAGUGCCAUUAUACUCACUGGUAACACCUUCCACCUACGCUUUUGUGGAAACGGGGUCAUCAAUCACUACUUUUGUGAUGUGGCACCACUUGUGAAGAUGGCUUGUGAUGACAUAGGGAUCUAUGAUCUCUUUGUGUCUUCUCUGAUGGGUUGCAAUCUGCUGGCAACCACAGCUGUCAUCCUGAGAUCCUACAUUGGCAUUGGGGCAGCCAUAGUCCGCAUCCGCUCUGCGGAAGGGAGACGCAAAGCCUUCUUCACUUGUUCAGCUCACUUGAUCUCAGUCACUCUCUUCUAUGGCUCCAUUCUCAUCAUGUACUCCAGGCCUAACUCUCAACACACUCCAAAAUGGGACAAGGCAAAUUCAUUGUUCUAUACUGUAGUCAACCCUCUGGUCAACCCUUUCAUUUACAGUUUACGCAACAAAGAUGUGAAGGCAGCUUUCAAGAACGUCUGGGGGAAAUUCACAUUAUCCUUCGUAGAAUAG